GUUCUAUUUUUCUAAAAUCAUUUUGCAACAAAUAGAGAAAGUGUUGUUUAGUUCUUAGCCAUUGUCAUCACUUCAACCGAAGACUUAUCAAACAUCACACCUUCUUUUCACACUCUCAGAUUCCCGGAUAAAGAACCCAAAUAGGAAGCUUACUCGCGCGUAUAUUAUCCGAAAUGCCACCCUUACGCCAUUCCGUCUCUCAGCUAUUCGCGCCGCAUCCAGCGUUUGCGCUUCGAAGCUCCCAAUCACCCCAACAAUCGCUUCAUACAGCUCCUUCAGCAUCUUCUUCAAAUAACGACGAGAUGAUUCCGUCACUCCAGCCAAAAAGACCCACCGUCCCAAUUCCCACUACAUCCUCAACUCCACCUCCCAACCCACCUGCAACUUCAAUGUCUCCACCUACCUACCAAUCACAAUCUCCCUUCCCUACCGCGUCUCCAUCCUUUUGCGCUCCCUCAUUCCCCACCCCAGCUUCAAUUCCUCCCCGCACCCAAAUUGAAGCUCUGCCACCCCACGCAACACCUUUACAAUCAACAGAUGCAACCUCUCCCUUCCUACACUUAACUUACAGAAAUGGCAAAUUCGUUCUCGAUUCUGCAAAACGGCAUCCAGUGUUCUUCACAGAUAGAUUGAGGAGAGCGCCUACAGGAGUGGAAGCAAAUGAAUAUGCAUAUGAGGAUUGGAAGGCGGGGAGUCCGGUUGCGAGUGGCUAUGUGUACGAAAGUGGUGAAGUUCAAGAAAGAGAGGCAAAGUUGUAAGGGGGCUUCUUGAUUGCGACCAUUGAACAUGAUUGAGGUUUAUUAUAACAGUUUUGUAUUGGAGUCCGGCUGGAAAAGGGAAUGCGAUUUGUGGAUUGUAAAUAUGGGACUCAUCGUUUUCCACA